GAUUCGCCCAAGGGCGCGGGGUAGGAUCGAGUGGUGAGCACAACAUGUCUUAUCAGCCGGGCCGGAUGGCGAUCUGGUGUUUGUGUUUCACCACAGCGAUCAGAUGGCUACAAGGGCAAUGGAUGUCGCGCAUGACGACCGUGGCUGAGACAACGGACUCGGACCUCGUAGCAAAAGAUGCGAGUGCGGGAAUAAAAAGAGGAAACACGAUGGGCGAUGGCAAACAUAUGGCAAAGUUGAGGCUAUGCUAUGCAGACUAGACAGGCUUAAAGUAGGUCGCUCCAGAUUUCCGAGUGGAGCCGUUUGCGGUAGCGGCUGACACGAGGAGCUAAUGGUGGAACGUGGUGAAGUCAAAGACGUUGUUGACAGAAGCUCGAAGCAGCAGAGACUAUGCAGGAUAGACGGCAAGGCGUGCAGUCGAGCAGGGGAUGAAAGGGAUAGACACCAAAGAGGAUGCGCGGCAAUAAAGAUGCAACUGAU